UAGCUCAAUUUUGUUAUUGCUUAAAGCUUAUCUACAUAUGAGUAUAAAACAAAGUAACGGCGUGGUUUGUUGUAGUUUCUAUUUGGGAACCACAAUCUUCUACAACAAACUCAUAAAACAUGGCGAAGAUUCUUUUGGUAGUUGCGGCUGUUGCCAUUUUCUCAUUGGGUACACCAGUCAAUGGUCAAUGGGAAGAUCGAUGGGGAAGUGGAUUGGGCAGUGUAGUCGGUGGUGUUACUGGAACCAUUACUAACGCUGUUGAGGCUGGUAGCAGCGCUGUUACCAAUGCUGCCAAUGCUACUGCAAAUCUUGGUUCCAACGUUGUUGGUGGAGCCGCCAAUAUAGGUAAUACUGUAGUUGGUGGUGUGGUCAAUACAGGUAACACUGUAGUCGGCGGAGCAAUCAAUAUGGGAACUAAUGUCAUUGGCGAUGUGGUUAAUGUAGGUACCAAUGUAAUUGGUGGUGCAAUCAAUACAGGAACCAAUGUCGUUGGUGGUGCAAUCAACACAGGAACCAACGUCAUCGGUGGUGCGGUCAAUACAGGUACUAGCAUCAUAGGAGGUACCAUUGGAGGAAUUACCAACAUUGUUGGUGGUUUGACUGGCAAUUUCAUGUCCAUAAUGAUCAGAGCACUUAUUAAUAGUAUAAUCACUGCAAUGAGAGUUUUCUUCAGCAUGAUUGGUACUCAAGCAUUAGUCAUUGGUGCUGCUAUUAUGGUCGGUCUGACAUACCUUUUGUUCUUCUAAAUGUUUUAAUACCUAGGCUUAACAAGCUGUAAAACUUACAUCAACAAUAAAUAUCAAUUAAUUUAUGGGA